UCUCGCACAAUUCGAAACCACAAAAUAGAUGACGUCACCCGAUGACGUCCGCCUCCUCUCUCUAAUCGAAUCCUCCCACGCCGGCGACAUCUUCGCCUCCGUCUCCGACUACCUCCGACCUUUCACCACUCUCCAAUCAACUUCCCGCAAACAAAACCCAGCGCUCACACUCCGCUCACUCGGGAAGCAGUUCCUCCCUUUCCUCAACAAAUCGAUCUCGCUUCUACCCAAACGCCUCUCCUCCUCCGCUGCCGCGAACUCCGGCGAGGAAUCUCGCGAUUCAGCGAGAGAUCUAUUCAAAACGUACGAGCUCUGCUUGGAUUGCUUGGAAUCGUUCUCGGCUCAGUUAGCUUGCAAGCCUCACACCGUUCAGCUUCAGCGGCUGAGAAUGGUUUACUGUCUCGAUGCUUGGGGGUUUCACGAGAGUGUUAACACCCAAGCGUUUAAGGUUCUCGAGAAGCUGAGAGGAUCCGAUGUUAGCUCACGGUUGUUGCCGGAAGUGCAAGAAGGAGAGGCGGAGCUGGCGAUGGUUGUGGUAGAGGCUGUGACGGCUAUUUUCAAGGCUGUGGCGAUGAGUCAGCAAAGGGAUGAUAAGAUGUUUAGAAAAGUACUUGUGUUGCUCGAUGAGGUCAGAGCCUGGUUCAGGGUCUUAGAGGCUAAGGCGCAUGAGAAGUUGAGUAGAUUGCUCGUGGCGAAUCUUGGUAAAUGUGCUGUUUCUCUGGUUAGAGAAGCUGAGGGUUUUGAUGUGGACUUUGUGCGUUCUUUCUGCGACACGACUGUGAAGGAACACUAUGGUUUUGCAUUGUCCAAAGAUCGAGUUUUUAAGUUUGCUCGCGAGGUGCUUUCUGUUCUGUUCGGUGUUAAGGAUAGAAGAAUGUCAGUGACCAUUGACAUUUCAAUGUCUUUGCUGCGCAGCUUAUCUUGCCAAAUCGAGGCUGAAACUGAUGAGGAUAAAGUGGAUUUUGUCGAUCUAGUCUCUUACUGCGCUCACAAGUUUCGAUCAGCAGGAGACAUGUACAGUGUUAAAGUUUCAAAAAAGUUAAAUGAGGUGGCAGCUGUUUUCUCCGAGGCAAUACCACAACUCAAUCUGAUUCUUAGACUGUAUUCGUGCGGGCUGUCUAUCACAGUUUACGAUUCCAAGUUUGGAGAAAGCAAGGUUAAAGAUGCAAGUGAUGAAUUGAAGAUUCAAGCUUUGCUUAAUGAUGACACUAGAUGGCAUAGUUUGGUUUCUUUGCUCGGUAUGGUUGAUAGUUACUCAAGUGAUGUGGGCAACCAGACUGAUCUAUCAUUCGUUGGUGGACAUAGAAACUACACCAAGAAAACAAAUCAUAGCUGUACAGAUAUACACAAGAAGACUUAUUCGGUACAAUAUGUAGAUGCCUUGAGAUUCUUGUGCCAACCGCUUGCGAACUUGAUGAAUUCAGUGAAAAGAAAGAUUGUGUUGAACUCGGAAAUGUCCUACGCGUCUGCUCAUCUGUCUACGGUUCUUGAUGCAUUUCUCCAAUUUUGUGAUGGCUGUCUCUCCCUUCAGAGAUGCACGUCUGACAAGGGAGGUAGAGAAACUGAGAACACUAAAGCUUUGUUAAACGUGGUUAUGGCUGCUUUCAUUGUCUCAUUGAGAACCCAGCUGAAAUUGGAGAUCAGUGUCCAUCUAGUUGGGGGUGUAAUUGACAGUCCAUGGAUCCAAUCUCAAGAACUCAAGUAUCUAUUAGCGUCGCUAUACAAUGUUGGUAUCGUUUUGUACAGAAAUAAGGAGCUAGAAAAGGCUUGUGAGGCGCUCAAGCUGUGCUCGAAGGCAUCAUGGAGAUAUGUUGAACUAGAUUGUCAGAUGUUUGUAAAUCAAUCUAGUUCAUCUGUAAGUGACCUGUCAGAAGAUGCCAUUGUGGAUUUUGUGGGCGAAUCGUGUAAUAGGUCUGCAUUCUAUUUGGACGUACUCCAUCAAUGUAGCAAAUGUAAGAUAAGACAGACUAUCGUGCAUAUUCUAGAAAAUUGGCUUUCAGCUGAACAUCUGAUGAGAAGGCUACCAGGACCUGCGGCAAUUGUAAAACAGUGGGUUAAGAUAGAACGGGGAUGUCACACGAAUCUUGAUCCGGUUGAUUCUUCUACAACUUUAUACUCAUUGCUAUCAUCUUCCAAAAAACGUUCAAACAGGGCUUUUGGAAAAAUCCUACAGCAGGAGCUUCUGGCCUAUGAUGAAUUUUUCCCUUUGAGCUCGAAUCUAGGUCAACAAAUGCAAAUCAAAAUAGCAGACAUCCUUUUGAAGGAUGUUUAUGUCACAGAGGAUAUGCAUAUAGAGAGAGCAAGAAUCUUAAUAUGGAAAGCAAGAAUGACAAGGGCAUCUGGAACUGAACAUCUAGAUGACUGCAUUCGUUUUCUGUCAGAAGCAAUCUCUAUAUUGAGUGAGCUAUAUCAUGGGCUAAAUAAAGAGGGUGCUUCAUCUUCGCACCAGUUACCUAUUGCGUAUUGCUUGAGAGCUUUUUGUACCCAUGAAGCUGAACCAAACUCGAAGAUAGUCUUUCAAGAUAUUAGCACUUCCCUAAAUCUAUGGCUAAGGAUUCCUAGCCUAGAUGAUAGUGGUGACAGUCUACCAACAGAGGACAUAAUUCCGUUACUUUACAAUAUGAUCGACUUGAUGUCAGUGAAGGGAUGCACGGAGCUUCAUCAUCAUAUAUACCAGCUGAUUUUCCGAUUAUUUAAACAGAAGCAUGUCAAACCGGAGGUCUGCCUUGCAAUAUUGUGGGAAUGUAGAAGGCUAGGUCACGCCUUAUGCCCUUCCCCAAUAAGUGAUGCCUUUAUCCUGAGCUUAUCAGAGAAUUGUGGUGACAAAUCUACGUGCAUGGAGUUCUGGAUAGAUUGCCUGAAAGAUUCAAAAGCAAAGCUAAUUGGUUUCCAGCAGAACUUCCAUGAUUUACAUAGUGAUUUCUUGCGUACCUCCAGUAAGGAUAAAGGUCCCUUUCAAUCAGACAUCACGAUGGAUGAAAUUACAGAUGCAGCUUCAGAACUCAUUUCAAGUGCCUCACUCUCUGGUCAUUCAUCUUUCGUAGCAGCAUAUCUCUAUUAUGAUCUCUGUGAAAGGCUCAUAUCAUUUGGAAAGCUUUCUGAGGCUCUUUCAUAUGCAAAAGAAGCCUAUAGAAUACGAACUCUUUUAUUUCAAGAGAAAUAUAAGUAUACAGCUGAGAAGCAGUUGGAAAAACACAAUGACGCAGGGAAAAUAUCAGAGAGACGGACUUAUAGCAUAACAAAUUUCGAAGUGUACAGAUCGUUAGCAACUGAUUUUUGGCCAUGUGGAAAUUUUGUCUGGGACAUCAAUCGCUGCUACCUAAGUUGUUGGAAUGUACUCCAGUGUUAUUUGGAAAGCACCCUUCAGGUUGGAAUUGUUAAUGAGCUGAUAGGGAAUGGGCUGGAGGCAGAAUCCCUUCUAUCAUGGGGGAAAGCCAUUUCAUGCUCGCAAAGUCUAUUCCCUUUUGUGGUUGCAUUUUCUUCUGCUUUAGGAACUUUUUACCACAAAAAGAAGAGUCUGGAUCUGGCAGAAAAGGAACUCCAAAAUGCAAAAGAGAUAUUAAACGCUAAUAAGCGAGAUUUUUCGUGCGGAAAGUGCAAACUGAAGUUAGAAGUUACAUUGGAUAAACAACUUGGAGAUAUAUCUCGAGAAAAACUUGAUAGAGUUUCCCAGCCAGAUGGAUUCUUGCAUGCUGAAGGCUUGUUUACUGCUGCCCUUGGGAAAAUUUGUUGUCCAGCAUGGAAAAGCUGCAUUAGAUCUCACGGAGAAGAAAUUCCUGAGGGAAUAGCGAUUGAUAAAAAUAGAGGGGAAGUUUCAGGCAAAAUAAAACUCAGUAUAAAUAAGGAGCCAACUGAAAGCAAAGGCUCCAGGAGGGGUCGGAGAGCAAAAAGUUCCCAAACUCGUGUGUCAAAGGAUCAUGAUUUGAUAUCUGAGCCAACUUCAAGGUUGACUCGCUCAAUGCGUCAGUCACUUAAAGAGCAAUGCCAUAACCGUUCUAAUGUGCCUGAAAUUGGUUCAAAGAAGGCUGGCUUCUGUGAUACAUCUGAUGGUUCAGGCUGUGAAAGGGUGUUGUUAGACACAAAAAACACAGACCAUGGCUUUUGCAUUUGCUAUAAAGGAAAAUGUAUGCAGUGCCUCUCUGAGAAAGUAAAGGAACCUGGGUCUCUCAACACUUUAGUAAGUUUGAAAUGGGAGCUCUGCCAUAGGAAGCUUGCGUCCUCAAUACUUGUUGACCUCGGAAAAUGUUUGGCGGACUCUGGUAGCGUUCAUCUUGCUCAUGAAGCACUACUGCAUAGUAUCUGUGUUUUAUUUAAAAGUAACCGGUUCAGCCACAGCCAACCUUCUGUCAGUCAGUUGCUGGAAUUUAUUGGGAAAGAAGUUACAAGGGAUGUAUUUGCCAUUGAUCGGGCAGUCAUACUUUACAACUUGUGCUGGUUGAAUUUGCGCAAUUACCAUUGCAGGGAGAGCAGGUCUAUUUGCUGUGAUCUGUCUAAUGUUCCUUUCACAAAACUGGUGUCAUGGUUGAAAUUAGCAUUUAUACUCAGCAGAGAGGUUCCAAUAGUAUUUCAGAAGGUUUCAAGAUUGCUUGCUUCUUUAUACAUGCUUUCUUCCUCAAGUGAUGAAUUCUCAUUCGAAUGUGAUGGGAAGGAGCUGUCUGCAAGUCACUGGGUCUCAUAUUUCCAUCAAGCCUCGCUUGGUACCCAUAUUAGUUACCAAUUCAUUUCGAAUUUGAGCCGAACACACAAAUCACAGUGCCUAUCAGAUAAAGAGUGUACAGAAGCUACUUGCUCGAGUUGCAUGGUUCCUGCGGCAUUGGACUUACCUAGACUUGCUCCCGAGCGUACUCAAGAUCUUGUACAAUUUGCCGAAGACUUCUUUGACAAUCUUCCAAGCUCAACAAUCGUAUGCAUUAGUUUGCUUGGAGGCGCUUUCAAUCAAUUGUUACAGGAGCUAAUGCAAAUACGUUCACCUGUUUGUGCCUGGGUGCUCAUAUCACGCCUUAACUUGAAAAGCCAACCGGUCGCCAUUCUCCUGCCUGUAGAUUCGGUUAUAGAAGACAUGUCCGAUGCCAGCGGAAAUCUUAGUUCUACGGAAGCGACUCAAGUCAAGAAUUUUGAGAGCCGCUGGCUCUGUCCAUGGGGUUCCUCAGUGGUAGAUGAUGUAGCUCCAGUAUUUAAAUCAAUAUUGGAGGAAAGCCACGCAUCUUCUGGAUCUCUUGUAGAAGACACGAAAGAGCAUAGACAUUCGUGGUGGGAAAAGAGAAAGAAACUUGAUCAUCAUCUUAGAAAGUUCCUAAGGACUCUAGAAGAUUCCUGGCUGGGUCCUUGGAGAUGUCUGCUUCUUGGAGACUUGUCAAACUUCAAGUUGCCUGACUCUUUACAGAAAGAACUGGUAAAAGAUCUCAAGUCCAAGUGCAAAAUGGAAGUAAAUGAGAUGCUUUUGAAGGUUAUUCUUGGAGGUGAGGUGGAAGACUUUAAAGGAGAAGCAUGUGUGGCUCAGCUUUCUUUAAGAAAUGGUUGCUAUGUAGGUAGAGGGGGAUAUCUUUAUGAAGAGGAUAGCUGUAAAACUCCUACUGACGCACCUAAUAUAUCUGAAAGUAGGCAUGGGUUGGCAUUACAGCUAAUACAUGAAGCAGCAACCAAACUAGAGAAACAGGCCGAAAAUGAAAAUAGAGAACCUAUCAUUCUUGUGUUAGGUCCUGAGAUUCAGAUGCUUCCUUGGGAGAAUAUUCCAAUACUAAGGAAACAGGAGGUGUAUCGAAUGCCUUCUGUAGGUAGCAUAUCUGCUGUGCUAAAGAAGCGCUCUCUCCAAGGAAAGACAGCAAGAUCUUCCUUCCCUCUUAUUGAUCCGCUAGAUUCAUUUUACUUGUUGAAUCCCGGUGGUGACCUCAGCGAGACACAAGGCGAAUUUGAGAAUUGGUUUAGAGAUCAAAACUUUGAGGGGAAAGCUGGAUCAGUACCAAGUACUGAAGAGUUGACAGAAGCAUUAAGAAAACAUGAUCUAUUUCUAUAUUUCGGUCAUGGAAGUGGAGCACAAUAUCUGUCUAGUCGCGAAAUAGAGAAGCUAGAUAACUGUUGUGCAACUUUUCUUAUGGGAUGCAGUAGUGGUUCACUAUGGCUAAAAGGCUGCUACAUCCCACAAGGCAUACCACUCUCAUAUCUCUUAGCUGGAUCUCCAGCCAUUGUGGCGAACCUGUGGGACGUAACAGACCGAGACAUUGAUCGGUUUGGGAAAGCAUUAUUGGAAGCUUGGUUGAGAGAGAGAUCAGAUUCUUCUUCUUCUUCUUCUACUUCAGAGGGUGGUUGCAGCCAGUGCGAGUCGUUGGCUAACGAACUUGCAGCCAUGAAUCUAAAAGGAAACAACACCAAGAGGACAAGGAAGCCGCGUAACAAGGCAGCUCAAUCGAACAUUGAUGAGUCAGGGAAGACUGAGUGCAACCACAAGCAUGGACGCAAAAUAGGGUCGUUCAUGGCUGCUGCUAGAGAAGUGUGUACAUUGCCAUACUUGAUUGGGGCUGCGCCGGUCUGUUAUGGUGUACCAACUGGUAUCACAAAGAAAAAAGGAGUUUAAGCUCUCCUUCCUUCAUCUUCAUCUUUAUCUUCUUAGACUUGAGGGUUCUUCAACGGGUAUGAAGUAAAUCAGAUUAUCCAACACAAGGGAAAUAAGAAAGACUCUAGAGAUUCAAUCUCUCUUUUUCUUUAUAUGAUCAAUUUGUAAAAAAAGUUAUCACAUGGUUUACAAUUCUCUUAGAAUUUCAUGUCGUACAAGUGUUAGUAAUUUACAGAUCACUUUGUGUGUAUUUAACAUACAUUGUUUAUUCAGGUUACAUCAAAUACAAUUUUUUGUUUUAUGAAA